AAGAAACAAAUUAAGGGUGUGGCUACGCUAUUGUUUCGGGGUAAGGACAGCAUCGGCAUGACAACUGUGUACACAUUCUCGCGAAUGGGAAAACCAAACAAAACACACAAGGUAUUGAUUGACCCGAACGAGGAAAAAAUAGAGUGUGAGUGUUCUAUGUGGAACAGUGAAGGGAUUCCCUGUAGUCAUAUCUUCUGUGCGAUGAAAUACGAGGGUUUGGAAGAAAUACCGCCCGGUCUUAUUUUGAGAAGAUGGUGCAAGGAAGCAAAGGAUCGUAGAUCGACCCCGGUUGAUAGUAAAGACGGCCCUGAAGGCCAUUUGCUUCGAUAUGGUGCCUUAUGUGGGGCAAUGAGCUUAGUUGCACAACUUGGGGCUGAAGAUGCUGCAGAGUUUGUUGUGGCUAGGGAUCGGAUGAGAUUGCCAGUCUCACCGAAGCGCUUCAGCGGAGAAGGCUUCACAGGGUUGGGAGCAAACUCAGUCUAUCACCGUUGGCCGGGAUCAAGGACCCCGUGGUAUCAAAGACAAAGGGGGCACCCAGGAAGGGAAAGGAGUCCGAACCGGCUAGUCAGGGUGACAGGGUGCCGAAGAGAUGAUGUUGUACCAACUGUGAGGUUGCGGGUCACACGAAGAGGACUUGCACGUGGCACCGGGGAGAGGGUGCUGCAGGGUUUGAUGGUGCAGGCAGUCCAAGUUACGUGGAGCAUGGUUCACAUUAUUCAGCUGCCCCUUACGCAACGCCACAGACCCGUCAUUGUCACACAAACGAGGAGGGACUACAACCGGAUAACGGGAACCCUGGUGACACUCCCCCGGCGCAACCAGAUGGGACGACUCCGUCUAUCGCUCACGGGUGUAGCAGUCCAUUUUGCCGCAACCCCGUCGGUGUUGGGGGUGCGAGGGCUAACUUCUUCCUCGGUGGGCAACACAUCGAGCAAUUUUACACGACAAAAAGUUGCUCCGGGCACAUUGCUCAGCCAUCCACACAGGCUGCCAACCCCAGCUUCGGGAACCUCAAUGCGUGGACAAAUAAGGAUUUGUUUGAGAGGUGGUUGAGGCAGACUGCCGUAGGUAGAAUGGCCGGCACCCGAAAACCUGGAAGUGUCCCCAAGCAAUGAGGGUGACGAUUGCUGCCAAUGAAGCACUAGUUUCAGUGUCGCUAUGUGUUAGGAUUCAACCCCCCAGGAGCAACUUGUAUUCUAUUUCUUUCAAUAAUUUUUUACGGGAGAAAUUUCAGUUAUGUGCAUGUGUGUCGUGCUCAUGUCAAGUUUGUAUCUUGUCUUAUGUAUACUGCGGUCGAAUAUCUUCUUCCUUCAUGAGUUCGAUGAGUAUUUGGAAAAACUAAGGAAAUAUGAUAGCUGUGUAUUUGACUGGCAACAUGUAAACAUGUAUCACAUACAAAACAUGCAUUAGUAGUUUGAUUGAAAGAA